AUGGUGGAGCAGGUGGAUGAAUCGGUCGGAUACCUCGUGUGUCGACUCGAUAGCCUGGGCCUCUCGGAAAGGACUAAUCUCAUCUUCCUCUCGGAUCAUGGAAUGAUGGGAAUAAAGCACGAUAUGGCAGUGGACCUGGAGUCCCUUCCCGUUUCCCCCGAUGAUUACCUGCAUGCAUCCAACACACCCCUGGUCCUCAUCUACCAACUGGAAGGUCGGGAGAAUGGAGUCUACGUGCCGAAGUUGAAGCCGAUCCUCCCGUCCAUCACCUUCGUGAAUCAUCAAGCCAUCGCCACGGGUCUCUACGCCGAGACUCACGGGAUAUUAGCAAACGAUAUCAUCGAUCCCGAGACGGGAGAAUUGGUGAACAUGUUCGACGACGGCGAGAAAUUCGCAACCGCGGACCCACGCAUCAUCCCCAUCUGGAUAAGCCUACGUAACGGGUGGGGGACACUUGAAGUAAAUCUCAAAAUUCUGGCCUGGGCUUGUCAAGUCGACAUCUCAGGGAUGCGGGCUGCUGUGGCAUGGCGGUGUUAG